AUGUGUGGGUCUAUCUUCUCGGAGCUCACAUUUAUUGUAUCCAUAUCAUCCGACCUCAACUACACUAUAAAAUCUUCUUCUCUCGCACCCUCAUCUCCGGUCGGCCCCCGUCGUUCCCGAUGUGUGGGUCUAUCUUCUCGGGGCUCACAUUUGUACGCCUUCCCCUGCGGCACUUUCCCUGCGGCAUCGCUGCAAGAACUUGCAAGGUGA